CGGCGCUCGGACCCGGCGCGGUUCAGCAGUCUCCCAGAACCGGUUCGCCCCACCUCCUGUGUAAUUUGGGCUUCCCCUCGACGCCCGCUCUCUCCGCACGCCUCACCGGCCGUAGUUGCCAUGGUUCAUUUCUUGCACCCGGGUCUCUCUCCGGUGACCAUCGUCCCUCCCGACGCUCAGAAGGAUGCCCUGGGCCGCUGCGUGGUGCUGGAGGAGGCGUCUCCCUACUCUUUGGUCAACAUCUGCCUGAAUGUGCUGAUUACUAACCUGGAGAAAUUGUGUUCUGAAAGACCUGAUGGAACACUAUGCCUUCCGGAGCAUUGGAGUUUCCCUCAGGAAUUAGCCGAUCGAUUCCUUGGGGUGAUGACUUGGCAAGGCAAGUUGACUGAUAGAACAGCGAGCAUUUUCCGAGGCCACCAAAUGAAACUGAAGCUGGUCAAUAUUCAAAAAGCUAAAAUCUCUACAACUGCUUUCAUAAAAGCUUUCUGCCAUCACAAACUCAUUGAACUGGAUGCUACUGCAGUGCGUGGUGACCUUGCAACCCCAGAUAUUAUACAUGGACUCUGCAGCAAUAGCUGGAUCCCAAACCUCCGGUGUCUCCUGUUGGACUUGACAAGCAUCCCUCGAGAUACGAGACCACUGUUCUUUCAUCAGCUCACUGGUCUUCGUGUUUUAAGUGUUUUCAAUGUUUAUUUUCAUAAUGAAGACCUGGCUAAUGUUUCUCGGUUACCAAAACUGGAAAGCUUGGAUAUCUCUAGUACUCUGGUCACUGACAUCUCUGCACUACUUACCUGUAAGGAUCGACUCAAAUCUCUCACAAUGCACUAUAUGAAAUGCCUGACCAUGACCAAACCACAAAUUCUUGCAGUCAUUAGAGAACUUAAAUGUCUGCUUCACCUUGAUAUUUCUGAUCACAGGGAACUCAAGUCAGAUCUAGCUUUUCAUUUGCUACAGCAGAAGGAUAUUCUACCUAAUCUUGUAUCGCUGGAUAUUUCGGGGGGCAGUUGCAUCACCGAUGGAGCUGUAGAACUGUUUAUACGACAGCGGCCUACGAUGCAGUUUGUGGGACUGUUUGCUACAGAUGCUGGUCAUUCUGACUUCUUUGCUACAAAACAAGGCUUGAGGGUUGCUGGAGAAGCCAAUAUGAUUCAGAUUUCAGAAGCAUUGAGCCAGUACAGAAACAGGUCUUGUUUUACGAAGGAAGCCCUCUACAGGCUCUUUACAGAGACAUUUUCAAUGCAGGUAACCAUGCCUGCUGUUUUAAAGCUUGUGGCUCUAGGAAUGAGGAACCAUCCAUUGGAUUUGCCAGUGCAGUUCACAGCCAGUGCUUGUGCUCUCAACUUAACACGCCAGGGUCUGGCCAGGGGAAUGCCUGUUCGUUUGUUGUCAGAGGUCACCUGUCUACUUUUCAAGGCUCUGAAAAAUUUCCCCCAUUACCAGCAGUUACAGAAGAAUUGUCUUCUUUCCUUAACCAACUCCAGGAUUCUUGUGGAUGUUCCAUUUGACAGGUUUGAUGCUGCCAAAUUUGUUAUGAGGUGGCUCUGUAAGCAUGAAAACCCCAAGAUGCAAACGAUGGCAGUGAGCAUCACCUCCAUUCUAGCCCUGCAGCUUUCACCUGAGCAAGCAGCACAACUUAAAGAAGAACUCUUCAUGGCAGUUAAGGAGCUUCUAGCAAUAGUAAAACAAAAGACUACGGAGAAUUUAGAUGAUGUCACCUUCUUGUUUACUUUGAAAGCACUUUGGAAUCUUACAGAUGAGUCUCCAGCUGCCUGCAAACACUUUAUUGAAAAUCAGGGAUUGGCAAUCUUCAUCCAAGUCUUGGAGACUUUUUCAGAGUCAGCAAUACAAAGCAAAGUACUUGGUCUUUUGAACAAUGUUGCUGAAGUCAGAGAGCUCUCUGCCAAGCUGGUGACCAAAGAUGUGGUGAAGCAUGUUAGCAUCUUGCUCCAUAGCAAAGAAAUGGAAGUGAGCUAUCUUGCUGCAGGCAUCAUAGCCCACCUGACAUCUGACAAACAGCCCUGGAUGUCCUGUGACCUUCAGAGGAGUGCUCUUCUCCAAGAUCUGUAUGCAACCAUCCAGAAUUGGCCAAGUUCAACUUGUAAGAUGACAGCAUUGGUGACCUACAGAUCUUUCAAGGCAUUUUUCCCACUCCUUGGCAACUUCUCUCAACCAGAGGUUCAGCUCUGGGCACUAUGGGCUAUGUAUCAUGUCUGCAGUAAAAACCCCAGCAAAUACUGCAAAAUGUUAGUUGAAGAAAAAGGAUUGCAGCUUUUGUGUGACAUCCAGGAGCACAGUGAGGCAGACGCCCAAGCACAGAAGAUUGCAACCUCCAUUCUGGAUGACUUCAGAAUGCACUUCAUGAAUUAUCAGAGACUCCCUUUGCGUUAAGCCGAGGGGCUGCAGACGUGCUCUUUGUUGCUCAGUGGCAGGCAGGUCUUCCACCCUGUCUGUCAGUUACCAGAUGGCUGCAUUUGUAUGAAGGUCUUAAUCCUAAAUCAGGUCAGAAUUGUUCUGAGAACACUGCUGUAGCAGUUUUGAAAAGUCAAGCCCUGGGCUCCGGGAAGACCUGUGAGCUUGUGUGGAAACACCGAUGCCAGUCACUUUUCUCUAGCCCCUGGUCAAUUCCUUAACUCUGGGAGUUUGUCAUUGGAAGGGGAAAAGAAAGGCCUACAGGGAGACCUUGAUAUUUAUGUUAAAUUUUGUGUUUGAAAGAAACUUCCUGAGUUGUUAUUCCUGGUUAUGUGCAGCCACUAGAAAAGAAGUACGUGAAAAGUAGCCUGAGAAACCUAUGCUUAUAUAAAUGUGUUUGUUGGAAGACAGAACUUAUGUUGGAAGGUAGAAAAAAACUACCUUUUUAAGAAUAUAGACACUAAAGUACCUUCUAUUUGUAGGGUGGUGGGAAGAUAUAAUUUUUUUUUUGCAAUUUUCAAUAUUUUCCUUGUGGCCUUUCCCCCUCCAACUUUACACAUUAAACUGAGUGGCAUAACAUUCUGUGGAUAUGGGUAUGCUGGAGGGGCAUGGUAGGAUUUAGGACUGAGAAUGGUAUGUAAGUAAAAGAUUGGGAAUUGUAUAUCUCAAUCCUUCAAACUUGAGUAUGACUGUGAUUAGAACUGAGAGGGAUAGAAGAGCCCUUUUCUGAAGAUUUCAAGAGGGUCUCUUACCUAGCAUGGAGACAGGAAAAAUACAGACAUUUCUGAGAACCAGCCUCAGUCACUAUAUAAACUGUCAGAAGCUUUUGUUUGUGCCCUCUUCAAAUCCCCUCUGUAGAAGAGAGUGUGGGCUCCUUCCUUGACAUAUUAUUGACAACUAACAAAACAUGUUUUGCCAUUCAUGUGUUUUAAGUUUUCCAAAGAAAAAUCAAUUCCUAUUUUAUUAGUAGCGUGUUUUAGGACUAGAUUUUUAUUCUCUUAGGGUGGCCACAUGCUUAACUGGAAUGCUACAUACCAUCUUUUGGAAUCAAAUGAGGCUUAUUCUAAACCAUAUUCCAAACUAUUGCUCACCAAGUGUCCCACUGGAUAAGGUGAAUUUGUAACCUUCUUCCUCCUACAGUCCCAAAACUGCACUGUAUUUUCUUUCAUUCACUUUUCUGUGUGAUUUCAGAAGCCAUCUUAGUUUCCUGUUCUCGGUUCUAGUAGUUCAGAAUAUUCUAUUACGAGAUACUAACUAGGUUUUGCAGUUGUAAGGGUGUGGGAUGUUGUGCUUGUUGAGGUCUAAUUCUACACUAGGUACCCCUCCGACUUUCGUCUUAUUCACAACAGUCCUCUGGGGGUUUAAUCUCCCCCACUUCACAGAUGAAAAAAGGAAGUUCAGUAAGUUUUGUUACUUGCCUGAGUAGUUUGCAGCUGAUUCUAAAGUCUAGGCUCUUUUCCCUUCUAGGAAAUGAGCACAGCUUUGGGGCACUUUUGUAUUUGACAGUAAAUUAAUAUUAUUGGUAUGUGUCCAUGCCCAUGACUGAGUGACUCUAGGCCAGGCAUGGGCUUAGGAAGCUUAGAUCUGUUCAAGAAUGACCACGAGGCCCUGGUGAAGGAUGUAGCCUUCUGUUCCUGUGCCUUGGUACAGGAGGGUGGCGCC